CUGACCUCACCGGCAGCUAAAGAGCUAAAGGAAUUAUUCAGUAUUGUGCUAAAAUUUAUAUUUAUUUACCACCUUUUUUGCAGUAUGUUUUAUAAUGACGUGCUGCAUAAUCCGUGCGUGUUUUUCUUAAAUAAUUUAUUUACCUGUGGAGUGAAAUUAUGCACACGGUAAUUUGGUAAUAUAUGUUUCAAUUUUGUUUUUCUCAGUCCAACUCUAGUUUGAUAUGUGUAUGUGCACACAGUUAUCAGCACGCGGAGCUACGUGAUGCAUCGCAGCGCGCGCUAAGGCAGAUAAAACCUGCACGUGAGCGCGGUGUGGGUCAGUCACCAGGUGCACGCGGCACACAGCGCGUGCGGCUACAGCGUUCUACGCACAGAACAGCUGAAUAAACCGGAUUCUUCUUUGUUUAUUUAAUUUAUUUUUUUGCUAACAGCCAUGUGGUUCAUCAAUAUCGCGCUGCUUAUUCUGAAGUUAUCCGUUUCGGCGGAGGGCUUUUCGACGUGUCAGUCGUAUGACUUGGACGAUCACAAGUCGAAGAGGAUAGAGGCGGUGCGCGGACAGAUCCUGAGCAAGCUGCGCAUCCGAUCACCACCCGAUCCCGCAUCAGCCCCGCAGACGGAGUCGGUUCCCUUCGAGGUCAUGCUGCUUUAUAACAGCACCAAGGAUCUGCUGAAAGAGCGCGCGCGCCACGCCGAGUCUGCGUGUGAGCGCGAGAGCAGCGAGGAAGAUUACUACGCCAAAGAGGUGCAGCGCGUGGACAUGCUGCCUCAGCGCGCGGACUCCAACGCAAUAAACACAGUGCCACAGAGUCCCUACUUCAGAGUGGUAAAGUUUGACGUCACCAACGUAGACAGGAAUUCUAGCACACUUGUCAAGGCAGAGUUUCGCAUAUACAGGGUGCAGAACACAAAUGCUCGAGCCUCGGAGCAGCGAGUGGAAAUAUACCAGAUUCUGAAGUCAGACGCUGUUACAGGUUCCCCUCAUAGGUAUAUAGAUUCCAGAACCGUACAGCCACGAGCCAAGGGGGCGUGGCUGUCUGUUGACGUCACCGAGACUGUGAAAGAGUGGAUGGCUUAUGAAGAGAAGAACUUGGGUCUGAUGCUCAGUGUUCAUUGUCCAUGCUGCACGUUUCUUCCAUCUCCAAAUAAUAUUUUGCUCAACAAGAGUGAGGAGUUGGAAGCUCGAUUUGCAGGUGUUGAUGACGACCUGAUACGUCCUAACCGGAAACCAGGUCUAACUAAAGGGCAGAUAGAAUUUAGUACUAAAACACCACACCUUAUACUGACACUGCUGCCCACAGACCGUUUAGAGAACCCUAACAAGAAGAACCGCAAGAAGAGGGCAGCUGCUGAUGCAACGACAUGCUCCAGGAAUGCAGACCAAAGCUGUUGUUUAAGGUCUUUGUACAUUGACUUUCGUCGGGACCUUAACUGGAAAUGGAUCCAUGAACCAAAAGGCUACAAAGCCAAUUUCUGUGCUGGCAAUUGUCCCUACUUGUGGAGUGCAGACAAUCAUUAUAAUAUGAUUUUGCCACUUUAUAACAAAAUGAAUCCUGAGGCGUCUGCAUCUCCCUGCUGUGUGCCUCAGGACCUGGAGCCUCUCACUAUCGUUUACUUCCUCGGUCGGACUCCGCGGGUGGAGCAGCUCUCAAACAUGGUGGUAAAAUCCUGCAAAUGCCGUUGACUACUGGAGGUUCAAGAGGGGAGAUGCCGAAGAGAUCGAGCAAACAGGAGAGGACGCAGGAGACGCAAUAGAGUAUGGACAAUAUCCGUGGGAAAAAAAGCCAGGAGAGCAAGCGAAUACAUCUUGGCAUGUUGGUGCGCAUGUUUUCUCAGGUUUCACUCAUUUGGAGUUGAUUUUGAGAGUUGCACAGCAUUAAUCGGUAAUCACAAAUAAUCUAGACUUCACCUGUUUCAGGUACAUAAUUCCAUUCAGUCCUAUUGUCCUUCAUGUUUCAAACUGUUUUUCUAUCAUAGUGCUUUUGGUCUGAUGCAGCUUCAAUGAAAAGUAAACAUUGAAGCGUCUGUAGUCUAAGAUCCACCCGGUGUUAGAGUGUGGACUUAGUUGUACAAAAGCGGUUUACUGUAGAACUGUAGAGCAGUUGUUGUUUUGGAUUUUUAAUUAAACCAAGUGUACAUAAUUUUACAUGCAGGUAAAGGUUUUAUAUGUUUAUAUUAUCCAAAU